UAAAUUUUUGUAUUUUUUUCUUUUUAGCCAUGAUUUUAGUUUGUCUCUUCUCUUCCUCAGUUCCUCUCCUCUCAAAUCUGGCUCGCUCGAUACCUACUUUCUCUCGGAUGUUUCGGCCGUCGGUGAACGGAUUUUAAAAUUUUAUUUUCAUUGUUCACUUGUAUUGUUAAAUUAGUGAGAAAGAUACAUUUCACUGGUCACCAUGUUGCUGGUUAUGCACAAUUUGCCCGGCCAUAUAAAGUAUGGUGAUGUGAAGAUACUAAUCCGCAACAAAUGUUAUAUUGACGACAUUAUAUUGGAUAAAUUGGUGAAAGAUGGGCCUGUAACAAAGAAAGUGACCAUUGGAGUGGCCAAGGAAGAUGAUGCAUUGAGAAUAAUGCACAGAUUGAACGGGACUUAUGUGGAAGGACAACAGAUUUUCAUUGAAGAAGUUAAAAAAGGCAGUUCUGAUUCAUCAUACAAUAGGAACAAUUCAGGUACGGGUUACCCUAACAAUCAAUCGCAAAACCAAAUGACACACUACCAAAUGGACAGUUCUAAUACCCAAUGGAAUACCCAAAACCAGUACCAACAGUACGGUCACAGCAUGCCCGUCCAAACUGGUCUUAAUACCGGAUAUCAAGCUCAAUAUGUUAAUCAGCAAGCGAUGAAUCCCUCAAUUAUGCAAAAUUAUGGAUAUAAUGCUAUGGAAGUGUAUGGUGCUGGUAACAAUGGCAUAGCUCCUCUAAUGCAGAGCAAUUAUAUGGCAUACGGGAAUCAACAGCAGCAGUUAAACUCGUCGCAGGGUCAGUUUGGGUUGAGUGCAUCAGACGCUCCAUCGAGAUCUCAUGACCUUGGCUACAAUGCCCGCAGUCAAAACAGAGGGUAUGAUUCGGAUAACAUCCAAAAAGGCUACGGCUCUCAAUAUUCCGGGAACGAUAGAGGAUUUGGCUCUCAAGAUCAUGAGGUAAACACCCAUUCUCGGCAAGAUUCAAGAGAUUAUGGCUCAAGAAACACCAGCUCAAGGUUUGACAUGGACGCUCAGAGAGCACCGAGAUAUGGGAAUCUGGAUGAUAAAAGGGGAUUCGACUCUGAGGAGUCUUGGGGUAAAAGCAGGGGGUUCUCGCAAGAGAAUGAUACAGCUCGUGGCAGUGGCGACAGGAAACGUCGGCAUAGUCCUGAUCGUGGUGACAGGAAUGAUGGAGAUAGAUUCCAAUCGCAAGAUUUCGGGAAUCAUGGCAGAGGGUAUGAGGGGCAGGAAUCGCGCGGUAAAGGGUUUAGUGGAAAUCGAGGCAGGGGUUUUGGUGGAAAUCAAGGCAGAGGUUUCGAACGGGAUUCGCGAAAUACAGGGUUUGGAGACAGCCACAGGGAUUUCGAAGAUGAAUCACGGGAUAAACGGUUUAAUCAGGGCAGAGGUACCCAACGUGAUUCGCGAACAGGGUUCGAAAGCCAACAAAGGGGUUCCGAAAGAGGUCCACGCGAAAACUUUGGUAACCAGGGCAGUUGCGAAAGUGAUUCGCGUAAGGGCUUUGGAAAUAAUCAAAGUCGAGGUUUCGAAAAUGAUUCGCGGGGCGGAGCUUUUGGUAACCAAGGGAAGUGUUUCGGCCGAGACAGAGGAACGUCUCGCGAAAUAAUUCCACCAAAGACAGCAUCAAAAUACCAGCCUCCUAACAAGCUUAACCAACCAUACUCCUGGUUAGAUUCUAAUAGUCCACUUAAAUGCACUGAUAAACGUUUCGGCAACAAACCGAGCUUUUCCGAUAAACCGAUCGGAAAUUUCGACCGCGAACCGGGCCCACCACUGUCUCAAAGUUCGCCUGUCAAACCUGUCAUUCCAGAGAAACGCCCUAAAUUUGACACCCCUAAACCUGACUUACAAAGCGUUGCGCAUCACGACACGAAGACUGUGAACCAGUCGGUCAGCUGGCGGGGAAUGGGCAUAUCUCUUAUUGUCAAGAAUAUACUGGACCGUUUCAUGCAUGGAAAACAUGCACAUGGCAAAAAAAUAUACCCGCAAGGCGUACGCAAUUUGAAGAAAGCAUUGAACGCUCAAUUUGAUGAGAUAGUCAAACGGAAGUAUCCGAGGAACCCAUACCCUCUUCUUCAAGAUAAGGAAGUAGUGGCACUGUACAGGGCGAACCAUCCAGUAACCGAAGACGCGAAGUUGUUUAUGGAGUACUUUUCAUCCCCUGAUUUCACAGUGAAACCAUCCGCAAAGUUGUCACCGUUGCCAACACCCCAACCGUCCUCGACGAGGCUGCCGCAGAUCUUCAACGUAGCCAAGCCGGGACCAGCUUCGAAGAAACCUACACUGUCAGAUUUGUUACCACCAUCUAUGCGUCAAGCUCCGAACCAACCUCGCCAGCUGAGACAGAAGCCGGCGAAAAAACCGAAGCCAGUCGAUUUGGUAAAGAAGGCUAAACGAGAACAAAAGAUGUUACACAAGACGGAAUUCCUAGACCAGAGUUUAUAUCAAUGCAAAACGCCAGACAUGGAGAAAGCUCUCAAUCAAGUGUUGGAUGAAAUCACUAAUGUGUACACAAGCGCGGUUGAAGAAUUUGCAACGAAAGAUAAAGAAGAGAAGGACAUUGGUGAAGCGAUUAUUGACAAAACUUCUGCAGAGUUCAGAUCGACGGUCCGUCUACACACUAUAAAACGGAUUCUCAACGAAACAUCAACACUGAUGGUUCGUAUAUUCAUCAAUGGAGGCCGAGCCCCGAAGACAGAGGUCGAAAGGGUGCUUACACCUUACGGGAUCAAGAACCUCAAAGCUAGCAAGAUGUCUAAGACUCCCAUGUUGAUGGGCUCCGUCGAUUCUUACGAAGAUUUCGACACGUUAUGUUCGCAUACCGGCAUUGCGUGCAACGGACGAGAUGGUACAAGCUUCAUAACCGCAAAGCCUCUACAUCUGACGAUACCAAUGAAGUUCCGCCGACUGUUGCGGCAAAAGAAACUAGCCGACGAGGAUGAUGAGAUAAACUUCGAUGAUGAUGUCAAUGAUGACCCGGAACCCGAUGACGACUGCGAUGAUGACGUCAUCGAAGUCAUCAAAGAAGCAGUUGUGAUCGAACUGAGCGGUGAUGAAAAUACGUUAAACGUCCCUGAUCAAGUGAAAAAUGAGGGUGUUAAAAGUGAAAGUAAUAAAGUGGUUGAAACAAAAGCUGAAGCGAAAGUGGAUUUGUCCCUCAAAGAUAAUGAUUUUAGUGCUGAUGUCAGUGUUGAUGAUAAAAUUAGUGCGGCUAUUGCUAAGGAAAUGGGUGAUGCCAUGGUGGAAAUCGAUGAGGAGGAGAUAAUGGAAGAUGAUCUGGAGGAUUAUUGAUAGUUACACUAUUUCCGAAAAUUUCCAGAGAUUCACCGCAAAAUCCGCCUACCCCCCUGGAUAAGGUUCUAGAUACGCCCACAGGGCGAUUAAACAAGAUGAAAUUUUUUGUUAUAGUUUUAUUUGGAUAGCUCUAUUUCGUUAUGAAUGACAGAUAUUUCAAAAACUAGCCGUGUAAGCGUGACCUAAUUUUUUAAAAACGAAUGAGUCGAAACGCUGUUUCGACGCAACGCAGCGCGAAGGAGCAGUGAGGCCGAACUCUUAGUCUGAAGUAUCACAAUAAACAUAAUUUCUAUUUGAAGUGUAAAAAUAAAUAUAGUUUUAGAAGUUUUAGAUAGCUUUAGAAUUGUCAAGCUAUUUUGUAAUGUUCAUAGGUAUGCGAUCCUUCAGAUUGGUGCAGUGUAAAAGUAUUUUUUUUCAAUUUUAAAUGUGAAGAAUCCUGGUAAAGUUGUAUUUAAAUAUGUAUACAAUAACCCUGUUAUUCAUAAAAAAAGUUAAAACAUACUUUAAGCUAUGUUUUGUCUCUUUCUGUCAAUGGUAAAUAGCUAUUAUUAAGUGUGAAAGUGCCAAAACAUAGAUAUUAAACUUUUUGUAUGAAUAGCGGGGAAAGUAAAUUGUGUGGAUAUAAGGAUGAGUGGUUUUGUUAAAAAACAAAAUAAACAAUGUACUAAAACUGAAA